AUGACGACAGAGGGCGAACAACGAACGAUUUGUGGAGUUUCCGAGGAGGACCCGUACGAAGGUGGCCACGGUAACGCGAGCUCCACCUGCCGGAUUCCGCGGCGGCGUGACCCCAUCGAAGACGUUCGAUGCCCCACGGGAAGGACUGAGCAGAAGCAUUUCUCGACUCCGCCUUACAGGGUGCCCGCUAACGAGGAUGACAUUAUUCAAGAGAUCUACGCCAAUGGUCCUGUCCAAGCACUGAUCCUGGUGAAGGAGGACUUCUUCUUGUACCGUUCGGGUGUCUACAAGAUUAUGCGCAUCUCUGAGACCCUGCCUUCCGAGUUCCGCAGGAGCGGAUGGCAUUCGGUCAGCAUUCUCGGAUGGGGCGUCGACAGGUCUCAAUACAGGCCGAUCAAGAACUGGCUCUGCGCCAACUCAUGGGGCCACGGCUGGGGCGAGAAUGGCUACUUCCGCAUCGUGCGGGGCGAAGACGAGAGCCAGAUCGAGUCCUUUGUGCUGGCCGUGUGGGGAUGAAGUUACGCCUCCUACUACCGCCAGCAGGCGGCGCAGCAACGAGAAAGAAAGUACGAGGGAUACGCUGAAAGCGACCCUGGCUACCCCGGU